AUAAAAAAUAACCGGCGCCCGCCGCCGUUGUGACAAUUGCGACCAAUUGCCAUUGCGCAGCGGGUUUCUGGUUUUCCUUUCUUGGUGGCAAACCAUUAAUCGAAAGUAGCGGGCCAGCAAGCUCUGUGCCUGUCAAAGUGAGUGUUGUUGUAGUGAGCGCUGCCAAAUUAAAAUUUUGAGCAAAGCCAUUCCUUCGGGAGCAUCAAAAGUCUAUAUUGUCUGCAAGUGUGAGCCAGGACUCAUCGAGAAGUGGCCGCGUGAGUGAAACGACGUGUGUGGGUGGGGACCUUCCACGACGCGCAGCCCGAAUAAUGUGCCGCGUCCGAAAUACGUAUGUAUGGCGAACAUUAAAGCAAUUUCAGUUUAUAGUUCCUGCGAAGCAUCUGCGUCGUUCGUUGUGAUUCUCGCUGUGGCUCUGGCGCUGACGAUGAUGCUCAUCCUUCCUGGGAGCGCAAGCGCACAUUAAAAACUCAAUCGCCGUCCGCUAACCGCCCACGAUGUCUUCGCCCGAGCACCAGAACCUGAUGAAAACUGGCCCCCUUGGAGUUGGGGGUCCCCCUCCUGCAACCCCCAAAGCUAGCCCACCAGCUGCGGCGAAUAACUUUCUCCGCAAGAACCCGAGCCUCCGCCAGCUCCAUGAGGUUUACCCCACCGGCUCCCGGUUCCUCUGCUACGGGUUUUGCUUCACCGGCCACAGCAUGAACCGCAACCAGGAGUGCGAGUGCUGCUACUUCCGCAACCUUUCCUGCGCGAACAUCUUCACAUGGAUCGCGAUCCUCACCCCCUGCGUCAUCUACGCUUUCAUCUGUGUCCCCUACUUCCUGGACCGCGGUAUCUACGCGUUGCCGCUGUGCACGGCGAUCGUGUUUUUCCUCUGCGUGGUGUUGUUGGGGUGGACGGAACUGAACGAUCCGGGGGUGAUUCCGAAGGGCGCGGUCCUCCUGGCUUCGGACGUCAGGUAUCGGGCCAGCAUGAUCCACAAACUCGGGUACGAUCUGCUCACCGGACUUGCCAAGCGCGACUUGGAGCGGCUGAAGUUGGUGUUGGUCGGGAAAAACGACACUUUGUACAGCAACGGGGGUAAUGGUAGUGGUGCAGCUGCUGGUGGUGGUGUUUCUUCGCCAUUGAAUGGUGGUUUGCGCGGAGGAGGUACAGCAUCUUCGUCGAGACCAGGUGUCAAAUCACCCACUGUUGGAUCAUCUUCAAAGGUGCUCGUGCUGGGAACAUCAACUACAACAAACUCAAACAAGCCAAACAUCAACGGCGACAAAAAUGUGCAGCCCACCAUGGUCGGCCCACCAAUCGCAGUUUUCGCGUCUUCUCCAAGUGCAGGUCGGAAUGGUGCGACAAAUAAUUUCGAGGGACAACACGAUUUGCAGAAGCCCACUUCCUCUUCCUCCGAUGAGUCCGCUGUGGAAGCAGGUGAGCGACUGAUAGGAAAGAACGCAGACACGACUCUCGGCCCGUUUCCAAGCAGUAGCUCCACCACCUCGCAGCAAUUCGUACAAGCAGGUCCAGGAGCUUCUGCCUCGAUAAGCACAUCGUCCUCCCCCUCGCGUAGUCGCAGUCCGGCGCGGAAGUCCCCGGAAAAAAACAGGUAUGCGAAGUACCCGCAGGCAAAAGCGAUUCUGCAGUACCACCAAAUCUAUCGCGGCGACCACGAGGUGAGGAGCAAGUCAGGUGGAAACUACAGAAGUAGUGGGGCUGGUGCUGCUGGCGAGGAGGGUACAGCAGGAUUGGCGGGUGGUCCUCGUAUCCUGAUUAAAAACGUCCCCACACCAGAGUCAAUAUGGGGAUUUUGCAACACAAACCUAGGAGUUUUAGGAGUCACGCAUGACAAGUUUCAGUCCGUAAGGUAGUGCAAGUUAGCAAGGAAAGCCGCAUCACAAAUCGACCUUUUGAUCCUGUUUACAGCAUUACAAGUUCCCAAACACGAUUGAAAAUGCCUGUCAUGGGGUUGCGCAUCACAAAUGUUCCUGUCAUGGCAAAUCUGCAUGACAACUCUGGGGUGGGGACGUUUUUACUCAGGAUACCUCGUGAACCGUACUUAUCGGAGAUCGCAGCGCAUAAUUCGUUCCAUCGAAACAGUGGCGAACAAGAUGAAACCGGAGUUCUCCUUGCUCCUGGAGGCAGCUCCGCGUCCUCUUGCGUGCUUUCCAUCGACGACGACAUAGAUUCUCCGGACAAGUGCGCCCCCACGGACGCAAACUCGCCGGAGAAGCCGAAGCUAUCAGCACUGGUCGCUAGCAGUCGCAUCCAGGAUUUGCGCCCACCUAGCUAUCCUGUGCAAAAGUAUCGUACUCGUAGUAAUUGCUAUCAUGCAUUACAAAUAUCCCUUUCUAGGUAAAUCAGCAUUACAAAUUCCAUUUUGCUUCUUGAAAAAAUUUGUGAUGCAAUUUAUACUAGUACGAUACUUUUGCAAUGCAUACUAGCUGUAGUGGGGCGAUUUUGGUGGACGGAAGUCACACUGCUGCUGCACCAGCAGGAGGAGCUCUGGACGUUGGAGGUGGUGGACCACAAGGAAAUAGUGCUGCAGCAAGUUCGACGGCCGUCGAUGUGUACCAAAAUGUUCGCGAAUUCGAGCGCCGAGAGGUUGUCGUGGAGCAAAACAACAAUAACAAACCAGACGAAGAAGAUCAGGAGCCCUUGAUCUGUCUGCCUGCCGACGGAACAACCAGCCCCGGCGGCGGAGAAAGAAACAGCAGCAGUGCCUACCCGCCCCGCUUCCUGCAGCUAGAAAGGGACAUGCGGCGCACACAUUUUCAGCGCGCCGGAUACGGCGAUAAUCUCACCCCCGAGCAUAUGUACAAGCUUGGCUACCGCCACUGCUCCACCUGCCAGAUCAUACGGCCGCCGCGGGCGUCACACUGUUCGUUCUGCGACAACUGCGUCUUGCGGUUCGAUCACCACUGUCCGUUUGUGAACAACUGCAUCGGCGAGCGGAAUAUCCCCGGUAAAUAUCCCGCACACGUGCAAACGCAGUCUCUGCAUGACAAAACUUGGCUUCGAUCCUAGUUUAGCAUGACAGGUCUUACGCUCCAAAUUGGUGAAAUUUGUGACGCAUCUUGUACAUCAUGUGCGGGAAAUUUGUAUUGCAUACGCAACUACCCAUCCUUCUUCGGCUUCGUCACGGCAGUCUUCUGCCUGGGAAUCCUCGUGUUGCCCUCCAUCGUCUACGUCGUGAGUGCGGACGAUGGGAAAAGUAGUGGCGAAUCGGGGGGUAAAAAAACCGACGACAGCAAGGACGACGGAGGGAAUUUAUUAACGGUGGGUUUAUGGGUUGGCGUUUUGAUCGGUUGCGUUUUCGUCGCGGCGUUUCUGUUCGGCGCUGCCGUGUGGGUGUACCACGUGUUUUUAGUUUUCACGAACCGCACGACACGGGAGCACUGGAAGGAAGUGCGGGAAGCGCAGAAGAUGGCCAGACAGCCGCCAACCCCGGUGUCAACGUCUGCGAGCGGCAAUGACAGCAGCGGGCAAGAUGGGGGCCAAAGUGCAGGUGCCAUAUCAGGUAGUGGGGCUGCUUCCUCCUCUUCCACGACCGCAGCAAAUGCAUUCGCAAAUCAAUCCAACAGACCGUUCUCCCCGUCCCCAGCUCUUUUCAAACGCGCGGACUCCGACACGGUAGCCAUCAGUAGCAAAGUGCCCGAGGUCGGCGGGUUGAGCGACCGGGAGGAGGACCAUGAGGAGCCGAUGUGGCGAGAACGAAGCGACGAAGUUCUCGCCCACACAAAUCCUGCUGGACCACGACUUGAGGACGACUUUGACGCGUUGGCCAACAUACCCGAGGACAGCGGCAUAAAGACGUUUUCGCAGCAGGCGCUCUCCGAAAUUGGGAUACUACCCAAACCGAGGAACACAUCAUCAUCAAACCAGGUUAAUGACCGGCUCUACAGUAAAUCAUCUUCCGUUGUCAGCUAUGCAUUGCAAAAGUAUCGUACUAGUAUAAAUCGCAUGACAAAUUUCCUCAGAAUGGAAAAUGGAAUUUGUCAUGCUGAUUUACCUUGGGAGCCAGAUUUGUCGUGCAUAUCUGCGAUUAGUACGAGUACGAUGCUUUUGCAUUUGAUAUAAGCCCCGAGCACAUUCUCGUUCGCGAACGCAGUGCCGCCAUAUGACAGUGCAUAACUCCCCCUCCCCCUCAUUUGUCAUGCAAAAUACCCAUUCCACCCUUCGCCUCUUGGCACUGUUUGCAUGACAAGUUCAGGUAGCCCAAAUAGCACUAUACUCCAUUCCAAAUUUGUCGUGCAAAGCCGGCAUUCUUGCUGAUGCUUGUAUUGCCGUUCAUGCUAUACAAAUGAGGGGGAGGGGGAGUUGUGCACUAUUAUACGCCAGCGACGGCGAGGUCUUCGCAGUGGCAAGCACGGUAGGGGGCUCCAGACCACAAUCACCAACGGGCGCGGCUAUUGGAACGAAUCAAAAUGGAGCUGCAGCAGCUUCAAGUGCUGGCCUGGAUGUGUCUUCAGAGAGCAACGAGCAAACAAAACCAGACCAGCAGCUCCCCGUUGUCACUUCAAAUAAUAGUGUCUUGUCGAUGCGGUCGACUCCGAGACAUUCUAGCAGUGCGGCAGCCGCACUGGCCGCGAGCUCCCGACACUCAAGUCCUUUGAAGAACCCGUUUCGCAACAGCGAGGUGUACACGUUUGAGGAAAAUAUGGACCUGCCAAAGUUUGCCCACUGCUUCCCCAGCUGCUUUACCGCGAAGCCGCCGUUAUUGGACGCGGGGAUUUUAGUGGACGUUACCCGCAUGGAGCGGGCAGCGGCCAUUUUGGCAAAGGAUUACAAAGCGGCCACGAAGGACCUGUCCGACGCGUUGGAUGCGGUGUAGAAGACGUCUUCUCGUGGCUGAGAGAAAGCCGGAUGAACGAUUGCGCAUUUUUUCCACGCUGAUCCUGGCGUCAGUGCCGCGUGGACCACCUGGUGCAUGCGAUCCAUCUAUUCGUUGCCCCCCCCGCACACCUCCACGAGGACGAGGAGGACGCAUCAUACUACAUUUUUUUUGCAAUUGUCAUACAUCACGAGUGGUUGUUGCUGGAGACGUGGUUGUCACAUCUUUCUCGUGUCGUGCGUGGGGCGGAUGCUGGCAUUGCGCAUAUGCGGCGAAGACAAAAACUCUACCUGUACCUGCUUUAAAAAUCCACUUCACAAGAGGUGUUGUUGAGGAUAAAAAGAGAAAAACAAACGACUAUGUAGACUAUUCAGCAUUUGCAUUUAUUCUAUUCGGCACGCGCCCCACGAAAAGAAAAGCUUUCCUAGUACAACUGCAAGUGUCUUUAUUACAGUCGCGGUUGCAGUUGUUUCGUCUCGUCGUAAGUGGUAAUAUUGAACAGCUUGUUCUUGUCCUGUUCCUUCUACUUUUUCCUUAUCGCACCAGAAGCUAAU